AUGGCCGACAACAAUCCUGUAUGUUACGCGCACGCUUUUGAUCUCUCGCACAGUGAACUCACCCCAAAUCCCCCGCAGACCAGCACCCCGACGAAGUCCUCGACCGGGGGAAAUGGCCAGAAUCCAGAAUCGCCCACGACAGCACGGCCAUUGGACUUCGACGAUGAGCCCCAAGAUGCUGGCGUCUCUUCCACCCCGUCGAAGCCAGGCGCAGAGGCCGAAGCUCCCCCGCCAAAGCCGCCUCGUCCCUUGAGCCCACGACAACAGGCCGAAACUACGUUGAAAGAAGCUUUUCCGUCCCUGGAUGUAGGUGUAGUCAAAGCUGUGUUAACUGCCAGCGGCUAUAAUGUUGAACGAGCAUUCCAUGCAUUGCUAGGCAUGACGGAUCCCUCGGCCCAAGAAGAACUUCCACCGCCUCCACCAGCAAAGCCGCCAAGGCCUGCCCAUGUGCCGACCACGACAACUCAGCAGCAAUUACAAGAAGAUGAGCGGUAUGCGCGCCAGCUUGCCGAACACUAUAGUGGCUCUACCCACCGCAAUGAUCCUUGGGGGCCGCCCUCAGGUAACUAUCCGGAGGAACGAGAGCACAGCUUCUUUGACGAUGAUUUGCCUGUAAUCCGUGACAAUAUUCGCAAGGGCUUUUUAGAGACCCAGUCAAAGGUCAAUUCUUGGGUACAGGGUUUCAAGAAGCGGCUCGAUGGCGAAGAGGAGGACGAAAAUGAGACCCGCCACUCUUCCGACGGUUAUCUACACUCCUACGGAGAAACCCAGACUCAUGGCCGCUCAAGGCGAAGCGGCGACUCAGCCCGCCGCAGUGGUGACCGCGAGCGAUACGAUGCUGAUCCGCAAGUCCUUGGAGAUGAUUUCUCUGCGCUAGAAUUAAGAGAUGGUGAAGCCCCUCCUCCAAAACCCGCCCGUCCAUUGGCCAAUGUGGCCCCUUUCAAGUCUUCUUCCCAAGAAAGGAGAAAGGUAUCCUUCCAGGAUGGACCGCCUGAAGAGAUCGAUAAUAUAUAUGAUGCCUCGGAACCUAGUAGGCGUUCGGCCUCGACAGCAGGCAAGUCCAGUAAAUGGCAACCUCUUUCUACUGUUACCCCUUCCCCGGUGGGAGAGAACGACCCUUUCAGCCUCGGCGACAGCGAAGAUGAGAAAGACACCAAACCGAAAGAAGCUCCGGCAAAAGAAACUCCAUCACAAGAAGCACCAGCGGACGAGGCAGACCGCGUCAAGAAAGCCACGGCGGAUGCGAUGGCGGAAGAGCUGGGGUCUGGUUCCAAAGCCGAGGAUAACAAAGCCGGAGAAAAAUGA